AUGCUCGCCCGGGCCCGGUGGGGCGGGAACCUGGAGGCCGAGACCCUCCCCCACCUCUCAGCAGCGGGGGGAGGGUCCAAAGAGGCGCAGUCCGGAGCGGGCUCGGCGCACCACAGGCCGCCCCCGGGCUCCCGAAAGCCGGGGGAGCCGCAGGGAAGGAGGGAGGGGGGCGGCGGGCGGGCGCAGGGAGGCGCCGGAGGAGGCCGCCCGCCGGGCAGGAGGAGGGCUGGGGGCGCCGGGCGCGUCCCCCGCCUCAGAACGCCGCAACCACGGACGGCGGCCCGGACCCCUCCAGGCCUCGAGCGGGCUGCGGCGCCGGGCGGCGAAGCGGACCUCGGGAAGCCGCGGUCGCGUCGCGUCGCGCUUUCCCUCCAGCCGCCGCCGGCGCCGCCGGCCGCUCCGCCCCGCUCGAUCCCGGGCUGCGUUAGCCGGCGCUCCUCGCCGCCGUGGAGACAAUGGAAGGCGGCAGAGCGCAGGCGCGGCCCGCGCCCCCGCCCCCCCCCUCCCCGCCAGGUUAACCCCUUCGCGGCCCCUGCGGCGCGGCGCCGCAGACUCCCGGGAGGUCCCCGCCCGCCCCGCCAGUCCCGACUGGCCUGGGACCUGAGUGGCCUGAGCCCCGGGGGUGUCAGGAAGAGAAGAAGAAGGUCUUCUCAAAGCAGGCACUCUGCGACUGCAAUGUCUGUGGACUGUCUGGGGCAGCACGCAGUGCUUUCUGGCCGCCGAUUCCUAUACAUCGUUAACCUAGAUGCCCCUUUCGAAGGUCACCGAAAGAUCUCUCGCCAGAGCAAAUGGGACAUUGGAGCUGUGCGGUGGAAUCCUCAUGAGAGCUUCUCACACUAUUUUGCUGCUUCGAGUAACCAACGGGUUGACCUUUAUAAGUGGAAAGACGGCAGUGGGGAAGUUGGCACAACCUUACAAGGCCACACUCGUGUGAUCAGUGACUUGGACUGGGCAGUGUUUGAGCCAGAUCUCCUAGUUACCAGCUCUGUGGACACCUACAUCUACAUUUGGGAUAUAAAAGACACAAGGAAACCUGCCACUGCACUGUCUGCUGUAGCUGGUGCUUCACAGGUCAAAUGGAAUAAAAAAAAUGCUAAUUGCCUUGCCACCAGUCAUGACGGGGAUGUACGGAUAUGGGACAAGCGGAAACCCAGCACAGCAGUGGAGUAUCUAGCAGCCCACCUCUCCAAAAUCCAUGGCCUGGACUGGCACCCAGACAGUGAGCACAUUCUUGCCACCUCCAGUCAAGACAACUCUGUCAAGUUCUGGGAUUACCGCCAGCCUCGGAAAUACCUCAAUAUUCUCCCUUGCCAGGUGCCUGUCUGGAAGGCCAGAUACACUCCUUUCAGCAAUGGCUUAGUGACAGUAAUGGUUCCCCAGCUGCGGAGGGAAAAUAGCCUUCUCCUGUGGAAUGUCUUUGACUUGAACACCCCAGUCCACACGUUUGUGGGGCAUGACGACGUGGUGUUGGAGUUCCAGUGGAGGAAACAGAAGGAAGGGUCCAAGGACUACCAACUGGUUACGUGGUCACGGGAUCAGACCUUGAGAAUGUGGCGGGUGGAUUCCCAGAUGCAGAGGCUUUGUGCAAAUGACAUAUUAGAUGGGGUUGACGAGUUCAUCGAGAGCAUUUCUCUUCUGCCCGAGCCAGAGAAGCCUCUUCACACUCAAGAUGUAGAUCCCCAGCACAACUCCAGCCAUGGCGAGGAAGAAGUCUUAAAGGAAGACCCCCCAAGCAGUGUCCUUGAAGAGAAGAAGGCAGAUCAACUGGGACUGCCUCAGACUUUGCAGCAGGAGUUUUCCCUGAUCAACGUGCAGAUCCGGAACGUCAACGUGGAGAUGGAUGCAGCAGAUAGAAGCUGCACGGUGUCUGUGCACUGUAGCAGCCAUCGCGUCAAGAUGCUGGUGAAGUUCCCUGCGCAGUACCCAAACAACGCCGCCCCUUCCUUCCAGUUUAUUAAUCCUACAACCAUCACAUCCACAAUGAAAGCUAAACUGCUAAAGAUCCUGAAAGACACUUCCCUGCAAAAAGUGAAACGCAACCAGAGUUGUCUGGAGCCCUGCCUGCGCCAGCUCGUCUCCUGCCUUGAGUCUUUUGUGAACCAAGAAGACAGCGCUUCUAGCAACCCCUUUGCUCUCCCAAACUCUGUCACACCACCCUUACCAACAUUUGCCCGGGUGACCACUGCCUAUGGGUCAUACCAGGAUGCCAACAUUCCCUUUCCUAGGACCUCGGGGGCCAGGUUCUGUGGAGCAGGGUAUCUGGUGUAUUUCACGAGACCUAUGACGAUGCAUCGAGCAGUGUCUCCAACAGAACCUACUCCGAGAUCUCUCUCGGCCUUGUCAGCUUAUCAUACUGGCUUGAUUGCACCAAUGAAGAUCCGCACAGAGGCCCCUGGGAACCUUCGUUUGUACAGCGGGAGCCCCACUCGCAGUGAGAAAGAGCAGGUGUCCAUCAGCUCCUUCUACUACAAGGAGCGGAUGUCUCCUCGCUCUGCCCGGCGACGUUGGUCCAUACAAGCAAUUAACGACUUCCCGAAAUCGAGGAGAUGGAAAAGUAAGCGCGAGGGAUUGGACUCUGGCAAUCGACCAAUCAAGGCUGCCGGGAAAGUUAUCAUCCAGGACAUUGCAUGUCUUCUCCCUGUUCACAAGUCGUUGGGAGAACUAUACAUGCCUCACCAGGUGGAAAUUGUGGAGUUGGCCAAGUGGUGGUCUUAUCCAUGCUUUUUCCAAGCUCUUUCAGUUUGUAUGUUUCUCUGCUCUGUCCAGGUUUGGUCGCUGGCUACGGUAGCCACAGAUCUUUGCCUUGGUCCGAAGUCCGACCCAGAUUUGGAAACACCCUGGGCUCGACAUCCAUUUGGGCGACAGCUGCUGGAGUCCCUGUUGGCCCAUUACUGCCAACUCCGGGAUGUCCAGACACUGGCUAUGCUCUGCAGCGUGUUUGAAGCCCAGUCUCGGCCUCAGGGGAUACCAAACCCCUUCGGACCCCUGGGACCUUUUCCCAGCCGUUGCUCCAAUCUUGUUGUGUCCCACAGUCGAUACCCAAGUUUCACUUCCUCUGGCUCCUGCUCAAGCAUGUCAGACCCAGGGCUCAACACUGGAGGCUGGAACAUAGCGGGAAGAGAGACAGAACAUCUGUCUUCACCCUGGGGAGAGUCUUCACCAGAAGAAAUCCGCUUUGGGAGUCUGACCUACAGUGAUCCUCGUGAGCGAGAACGGGACCAGCAUGAUAAAAAUAAGAGGCUUUUAGACCCUGCCAAUACCCAGCAAUUUGAUGACUUUAAGAAAUGCUACGGAGAGAUCCUCUAUCGCUGGGGCUUGAGAGAGAAACGCGCAGAAGUGCUCAAGUUUGUCUCCUGUCCUCCAGACCCUCACAAAGGGAUCGAGUUCGGCGUGUACUGCAGCCACUGCCGGAGCGAGGUGCGUGGCACCCAGUGCGCCGUCUGCAAAGCCUUCACCUUUCAGUGCGCCGUCUGCCAUGUGGCAGUGCGAGGAUCAUCCAAUUUCUGCCUGACCUGCGGGCAUGGCGGCCACACCAGCCACAUGAUGGAGUGGUUUCGGACCCAGGAGGUGUGUCCCACUGGGUGUGGGUGCCACUGCCUGCUUGAAAGCACUUUCUGAAUUUGUGGACCGCGGGGGUGUUGGAAAUUCCAGAGGACCCAUAAAUGCUGGGUGACAAGCUGUCUGCCAGGGGAUGGGCUCCAGGACCUGUCUACAGCCAGCCUGCGGUGUGUCCACCAAAGAUUGCCAUUGCACCCGCUGUUCGUGGGCCUUUGCUCCCUUCCAUUCAGCAGUUGGUGACAUGACGUCCCUGGAGGAGGAGGAGGGCAGAUGUGCAGAGCCACGUUGCCAGGUGGGUGUUCUCUUGAAGAAAAACAAAACACCUGCCUCCCAGCCCUGUUUACCUUUAAGAUGUUAAUGUUGACCUUGAACCACUGAAAAGCAUCCUUUCUGAUGCCAUCACAGAGACUGAGGUCAGAUGCAGAGGACUGUCUCCUGAGCCAAAGGAUCACGGACAUUAUUUUAGUCGACAAGCGGGCUGUGGCUUAAGUUGGUACAUUUAAUGAAAAUACCCUUAAAUCAAAAAUAUAUGAUGUACUUAAGGAUUCUGAA